GCUUCGUUUUACUCUAACCUAAUCCGUGUUGUCACAUGCCCCCUUCCAGCUUUGUUCGGUAGAUCCUUCUUCAACUUGUUCAAUCAAAUACACUUCGCCAUGUAACUAACUCUCAGUAGCAAUUGCUGAAGCUACAAAUCGCUCUCCUUUUCUUUCCCUCCACCCCUCAUUGCAUUCUAACCCUCUUCUUUUGAACACCAAACCAAAAAAAUACCCGAAAAAAUAAAAGAUAAUCCAAAAUUUUGCACUAUCCUCAACCCGGUUUCAACGAUCUCACACACUCAUGUUUCGGUUUCUUUCACUUGGUUCAAAUAUUUUUCAGUCUUUCACCCGCGCAGCGGGUGUAGAAGCCUUGCAAUUGUUCACGUCCACCACCUAUUCGACCAUUGGCAUAACCAAACCCAAGGUUGAAUUAGAAGAUGCUAGACACAAAUGGAACGAUGCCACUGAAGUUUUGAGUAAAUGGGGUUGUAGUGACACUGAUUUGACGAGAAUAUUUACCCGUUGCCCCUCAUUGCGCAAUGCUGAGCCUUCUCAGGUUCAAUCUAAACUGUGCUUGUUAAGUGAUUUGGGUUUAGGCUCAUCUGAACUUGUGAAGAUUAUUAAUUGUAGGCCACAGUUUUUUAGGUCUCGGAUUAGCCGUAAUUUCGAUGAGAGGAUUGAGCAUCUUAUUUCGUUGUUUGAGUCAAAAGAGAUGUUUCAUAAGGCCAUUGUGAGAAAUCCUUCGCUGCUGCUAGUUGAUGAUCGAUACAACUUUAAAGGUACGGUUGCAAUGUAUGAAAAGAUGGGAGUUAAGAAGAGGGACUUGACUCAAAUGCUGCUUUUGCGGCCAAUGAUUAUUUUGAGGAGUUCGUUUGAUGCUGAGAAGCUGGAGUAUUUAGGAAUGACGGGGCUUUCUGAGGAUUCGAAGUUGUAUAAGUAUGUGGUGACAUUGAUAGGGGUAUCUCGAGUGGAAACUAUUCGCGAGAAGCUGGCAAAUUUCGCAAAGUUUGGUAUUUCUGAGAAGGAGUUAUUUGAACUUGUGGGGAGGUCUCCAUAUAUUUUGACAUUGUCUACUGAGAAGGUUCAGAGGAACAUGACUUUCAUUUUGGGCACAAUGAAGCUUGAGGCUAAGGUGGUCCUGAAGCAGCCAAAUCUCUUGUAUGCUAAUCUGGAUACUGUUUUGAAACCAAGGGUGCUUCUAGCAUUGAAGUUGCAAGAGAUGGAUCCUACGUUGCGAAUCAUAGGAUCCAAAAUACUUAGUUCGCUGAGGAUGCCAGAGCAGAGGUUUUUGAAGCAGUUUGUCAAUUGCCAUCCCAAUGAUAUUGCCAAUGAAUUAAUGGAAUUCUAUAGAAGUACCAAAGAGGUGAAAAGGUUGGCAGAGUGGUCGAAGAAGUCCUGUCAUAGAGGAUUCCCUUUCUGAGUUACUUUUUAUGUUAUGAUAAUAGUUUUGGACUUGAGAUCCAUAUCCAUUUUCUGGUUCAUGUUGUUGGAAAUUAUUUUUCAUGCUAAUAUGAAUACUUUUGUAUCUGUGAUUCUUAAUGAAGGUUUUUCCUAUCUAGUAAAGUUUCUGGAAAAAGGUGAGCUGCUGAGCUCUAAAUCAAGAAAUAAUAUAGGCCCUUCAUUUUGAUAGCUAUAAUUUGAAGAGUGAUCUCAGAGAUAUCUUGGAUACUUGAUGAUGAAAUGCUCUGGAUUGAGAAGUUUUAUUCUCUCUGCCUCAAUUUUUGAUAGUUUAUACUAUCAUAAAUCUUUCCAACAUAUAGGCAGGUGUCAAAUAUUGAUGCAAUUUUCUCCUGCCACCUUUUUAUUUUUUGGCAUAAAAAUUGAAUGCAUUUUGGUUUUCUUUCCCGUGUUGACAGGAAUACUACUAUAGUUAAUUAAAUUUAAGCGUAUGGCAGCAAAGUGGGCUUUUG